GAUAAUGAGCCAAACCUGCAUUACGUUAACAAGUUGAAAGAAAAAAUUAAACUUUAACAUGUGUUCAACAGCCUUAAUUGAGCUAGAGAUUGGCUGUAAUGAAAACCAGCAUCCCCACAGGGGAUCCCAGGACCAGAGUUUGAGAACCACUGGCAUAGAGGUACUUUCUGGUGGGCACAAGCCAGUGUUGCGGUGUAUGCAUGUUCAUAUCUUCAGUUUUGUGCAGGAGUUUUCUAACGCUUUCCCUAGACUUGGCCAUUCCUGUCCUGUUCCCUUUUAAAGGAGAAUGCGUCCCUCAGUUUAAAAUAGAAUGUAGACCAGGAGCAGCUCUGUGUUUAUACUAGUGCCUUGCUCACCAGGGCCUAAUGUUGAGGGGAGACAUGAGGUGUUCUGUAUUUACAUUAGUUACUUACACACUUGGGUUAAAAUGGAGCAGAGGCACAGUGUAAAUGUCAGACUAUAUUAGUUACUCAUAAUGAUGAAGGACCAAAGAUCUGUACUGGCUUUUCAAUUAUAGUAGCACAUAUUGAAGCCAGACCUAAAGUGGGACAGACACUCCCUAGACCAGAGAGUCUCACUGUUUGUAGUCUACCCUGAUAACUGACAUUUCACAGUGACGCUCUUAUGGUUCCUCAUUCUUCAGAUCCUUGGCCCUGCAGCGAAGUGUGUCUCGGGAGAGCUGAACCAGUGAAACCUAAUGUAGCUUUAACUUUCUGCCUGAGUGCGCUCAGGUGUGUGACGACACGCUCAUGCUCUGUUUCCCCAGCUCAAAGGAACUCACCUUGUCAGUUGACACAGGUAAAGCACCUCAGCCAGGUUACUUUGACCUUUUGUAAUUGCUUUAAUGCAUCAGGAAAAACAAGGGAAAAUGGCAGGCUUUCCUUGUGCGCUGGUGGUUUGGCGUUUCUAAAUCUUGCAUGAAUAGUGGCAGUCAAGCCAGACCGACCGUAGUCACUGUCACACAAAGUCACCACCUAAGUCCUGUUUUGAGCCAAGAAAAACCCUAAUGUGAUCUUUAAAAGUACCCUUUAAAAACUAGAUGGCAUUUUGUUCAGCCAAAUUCUUGCUGAUGGGCUAUGUGCCUCAUGGACAGUUGUCUGUGAAUCCCAUUUUUUAUUUCUUCGUAUUUACAGACUUUUCCUGUCUGUGAAUUCAGGUGUUGCUGUGGCAUUUGCGUAAGCCUAAUAUAUUUAUUUUGUCACCAAAGAGACCACUUUGUUUUGCAUUUCUGCUUAUUUAGAACAGCUCCUCUGCAAAUGGGGAAAAGCCUAAAAAUAGCCCUCUGAACCCUAGAGAUUACACAGUCGAAUGAUAAAUCCAUCCCACUUUAACGGGUUUGUCCAUUUUCUUCAGAAAACCCUGAUCCAAAACAGGAAAUGACUCCGCACCAGCUUGUAAUCGUUUAACUAAACAGACAUUUCCUGUUCUACUUGUUUUCUAACUCCCACCAUCUCAGCCAGGGUUUCUCCGUGGGUUUCAUUACCGGACCGUUCAGUCUAUCUGUUCUCUGCGCAGCCAAGAACCUUCGAGGUGAAGCAGCCCCGGUUGUAGUAGUGCCCUGGGAGCAGUAGGGAUGGAGCAGUGUGGGUCGGCCGGCCGCGGGCACCCCUGGAAGGCUGCCACCAUGAAGAGGAAGGCCUGGGCACUCAGCCGAGGCUCCUGGCAGGCGUCGGAGUCCCAGGACGGGCACGCCGAGGGGCAGCCGCCGCAGGAGCCUGCGGCGCACAAAGUGCCGCUCGCCGAGGAACCAGGACGGAUACCUAACAAGAUCGCAAGUUGGCUGAAGGAAUGCAGGACUCCCCUGGGGGCCUCUCUGGACGAACAGAGUAACACACCAACCAAGGGCACAGUAAAGAACACGUGCAGCUUUGAGGAUGACCUGUCCCUGGGAGCGGAGGCCAACCACCUCCGGGCUGGCGGGACUCCAUCAGAGAUGCAACAUUUGGGGAUGCUGGCCAAGGAGAAGCGGACCCAGUUCCAGCAGAAGGGAAGGAGCAUGAACUCCACGGGUUCGGGGAAGAGCAACACAACCGUGUCCAGCGUUUCCGAGCUGCUGGACCUUUAUGAGGAGGACCCCGAGGAGAUCCUCUACAACCUGGGCUUCGGCAGAGAGGAGCCGGACAUCGCCUCCAAGAUCCCCUCCCGCUUCUUCAACUCCAUGUCGCACGCCAGAGGGAUCGACAUCAAGGUGUACCUGGGAGCCCAGCUGCAGCGCCUGGAGCUGGAGAACCCCAACUACGCCCUGACAAGUCGUUUCCGUCAGAUAGAAGUGCUCACCACCGUGGCCAACGCCUUCUCCUCGCUGUACUCCCAAGUCUCGGGCACCCCCGUGCAGAAGAUUGGCAGCACCGAAACAGAGCACAAAGAGCCGCCGCCACUCAACAGGAACAACUCUGCCCUGAACGCCGCCAAAAUCCUGAAGAAGACCUUCACCAGGCGCAACCUGCACGCAUCGGUCGACGGAGGGCCCUCCGCCCAUCCUGAGGCGGAGCGGGGGAAGGGGCCGGGCGAAAGCGGGCACGAGCAGUCGCCGAGGACAAAGGACCUGCCGUCGCUCGCCACCGUGACCGAGGCUGAGGAGUCCCGCCUGGGACCGACGGGCAUCAUGCCCGCCGACCCGCCCAAUGGCGACCUGCUCAACGGCGACAAGGAGGAGGACGAGGAGCCGAACUCCAACCCCGCGAAGGACUCCAGCCUCUCCGCUGACCCUGAUACAGACAGGGGCAAAGAGCAGGCAGUGACCUCCACGCCCGCCAAAGAGCCCCCCACCCACCGACCCCACCCCUGCAUCUCCCACCUCCUCUCACAGGCAAAGGACUCGUUUGAAAUGGAAGAGGUACAAAGCAACGAGGGUGAGGGCCCUGCCGGGAUCAGCAGCUCUUCGAAAGACGGGAACGAGCUCUUGCAGAGGAUGGCGAGCCAGCAUUCGGACAGCAGCGGAUUUGCUGAGGACCCUUCCACAGAUGGCUCUGCUAACCAUCUGAAGGUACAGGAGAGCUCAGACAGCUGUGACAGCGAGACCACGGUGACGUCUAACGCAGGGGAACUGAGCACACCUCUCGCCGUGGACCACCCCAUCUUCCAUAAGUUUCCGGGAGAAGAGGAGGGUUUAACAGCCUUUGGCUCAGACAGCGCUCCGAUGCUGGACCACCACGCAUUCCAGAAACCAGAGGGAGAAGAGGAAGGUCAAACGGCCGCUGGUCCAGACAGCAGUGGGGAACUGAACACUGACUUGCUGAGUGGGAAUCAAAGCCAGCCUAAAGGGGAGGAAGAGGAGGUGCUGGUUGAGGAGAAGGAGGUUGUUCAGGAGAAUGUGGCUGAGGAGAAGGCCGAUGAGGAGAAUGUGGUUGAGGAGGUUGUUGAGGAGAAGGUGGUUGAGGAGGACGUGGGUGAGGAGGAGGUUGCUGAGGAGAAGGUGGUUGAGCAGGAGAUUGUUGAGGAAGAGGUAAAGGAGGUCAUCCCUGAGUACAUCCCUCACCCCACGCACGUGCACAAGCCCGUAGAGCCGAGCUCUUCCGAGGGGCCGGGCUCUCCAGCAGAGCCUCUUUCUCAGACCAGCAGCUCUACGGAGCCUGGCCCUGAGGACACGCAAGACAGGCCCCAUGUAGCUCCAUGCUGGCCCCCUCAGGCGGCCCCUGCGUGUGAGGAGCAUGGUGCGCUGGUUUGGGCCAGGGUCCGGGACUUACAAAUGGGCCGGGACAGGUACCCGCUGAGGCGGUCCAGCUCGCUGCCCAACCCCCUGCUCAGCCCCUCCCGGGUGGUGUCGUCCGUAAAAAUCGAGCUCCGCCCGGGCAGCGCUCGUCACUGCACCCCGCCCUCAUACUCCUACCGCUACACCCCCGAGGAUGAAGGGGAGGACGGCACGGGAUCCAUUGCGGAGAAGGAAGAGGAGGAGGAGGACGAGGAAGGGGCGCCCUGUCGCUCCACCCUCGUCAUCAAUGCCACCCCUAAGGCUAGGGAAGUCCCCGAAGAGCUGCGGGCAGAGGACAUCCCCCCCAGCAGGAUGCCCCCCUACCCCCUGCACAUUCCAGCCCAUCUGACCCGCUCCUCCUGCUCCCUGCACAGCACUCCCCCUGACUGGCUUGAGCGCCCUCUGUGUGACCUGCCCCGUUCCUGGAGCACCUGCAGCAUGCCUGCACUGUCUGCCCACAGCGCCCCCUAUGGCUCGCCUUUCAGCCACUCCCUCAGCGCCCCCUACAGCUCAACUCUCAGCCACCCCCAGAGUGCCACCUACGGCUUGCCUGUGGGGCACCUACACAGCGCCCCAUACGGCUCACCUCUUGGCCAAACUCACAGCGCCCCCUACAGCUCACCUCUUGGCCAAACCCACAGCGCCCCGUACAGCUGGCCUCUUGGCCACCCCCACAAUGCCCCCUACGGCCCGCCUCUUGGCCACUCCCACAGUGCCCCCUACAGUUCACCUCUCAGCCAUCCCCACAAUGCCCCCUACGGCCCGCCUCUUGGCCAACCCCACAGAGCCCCCUACAGCUCGCCUCUCGGCCACCCCCACAAUGCCCCUCACCAUUACGGCAUCCCACAGAGCAACCACUGCAACAGCCCUUUCAGCAGCCCGUACGUCGCCCCGUGCUCGUCAAACUGCUGCCCCGCCUACCCUGCACCCUGCGGGCCAGUGGCCCCCCUGCGCCUCGCCCAUCCCCCGUCCAGCACGGAGAUGCAGCUCAAGCGGGUCCUGCAUGAUGUUCGGAGCGCGGUCCAGAACCUAGCCCAGGGUUCAUCUCGGAGUGAGGACAUGGUGACCCCUCUGUUCAACCCCCACAGAGCAGUUCAGCCCCUGUAUGAGGACACCAUUCAAGAGCUGCAAGUGAUCAAGAGGAACCUGAAUGUGUUCCGCACGCAGAUGAUGGACCUGGAGCUGGCCCUCCUCAGACAGCAGGACAUGGUCUAUCAGCACCUGACAGAGGAGGACAGACAGGAGGCUGAGCACCUGCAGAGCUUGCGUACUGCAGUGAGGCAGGAAUUGCAGGAGUUGGAGCUGCAGCUGGAGGAUCGUUUGCUUUUCCUGGAUGAGCAGCUGCGCGCCUCCCACUACCGCCAUCCUGUGGGACUUUCUAGAGGUCACAGCUUGGACAGCCGGUGCAGUACCCCUCCCAUGAAUGUAACAGAGCCGGUGACAGAACUCCUGAGGGAGCAGCUGUCCCUGCAGGUGGAGCUAGGGUUCGAGGGGAGGGCCAGCUCCGUCCCACCACUGGCGUCCAGCUGCUCCUCCGAGUCGGUCGGCCCUGCCAGGCCGAGCCGGCCCCCGGGCCCCUCUGCGCACGACUGCCCCUCCCCGCAGAGGCUGGACGUGUACCGGACCUCCAUCAGCCUCACCCCCACCUUACCGCCACGGCAGCAGACGCCGGGGCCCCCGCAGAGGGCGGACUCCGCGCCCAUAUGUCCUUCACCUGAGGACGGAGGAGGAGCAGGAGCAGUACGAGAGGGAGGAGCAGUGGAGAACCCCCAGCUACAGCAGCUCAUUAAGGAGAUGAAGCGCAGUAUCACAGAGGAAAUUCGGCAGGAGAUUGUGAGUGAUCUUCUGGCAGCUGUGUUACCGAGGAGAUCACCCGCGGCAACGCAGGAGCAUACCUUGUGAGCAAGUUCAUAAAGUGUCCCUGUGGAUAAAACAAAUGCUCUGAACACUGGUGAAAGCCUGCACUGGAGAGCCGCCUUCCUCCCCCCACACUGGUGUGUGUGUGCAAGUGUGUGUGGUUGUGCAUGGAUGCAUGAAUGCAUGCAUACAUGCAUGUGGGCAUGCACAAAAAUGCAUGACACCAACAGUUCUGGUGUGCAUCACGCACCUAGCAGUUCAAUAGAUUAAUACCAUUGUACUCUGCCGUGCUACACUUAUCCAUCCAGUUUAACCAUGGAGAAGGUGGAAAGUGUGUUCCUGCUCUUGGACGGUCUCAUCCUUUUGAAGACUUUUUACUUCUCUUCGGUGGUGGACGUUCUUGGAUUGUAUUUAAGGAAGUGAUGCUGGUUGAGUGCAUGUUGAGGAGGCUUAAUGUGAACAAGCUCAAAAAGACUUUGCCUGGGUGAAAUGUGUGUACAAGUGUGUAUGGAGCGCCUAUCUACUGUAACUAAGCCUACUAAUCCAAUCCCUGUACGGUGCCUGGGAACGCAAUGCAUUUCACUUGGAACUUGAACCUACUCGUAACUACUGUUUUCAGGACAUUUUUAAACGUUAAUUUUUGUUUUUGUUUGUCUUUCUUUUUGUCAUAAACAUAUUUAUUUAAAAUCAUAUUUUUAAAAUUCACAUUUCUAAGAGAAUUUUCAAAUGUAAAGCACCACUAAUGUCACUUAAAUGUAUAUAUUUUGAAUGAACUUAUUUGUUUUGUAAGGUUGGCAUGAAUGACAGUGGUUAAUACACUGGAGAAUGACAUGGAGUAGGAUGCACUACCCACUGAAGUGUUUGAUAGUGGUCUUGAAUGUGGAUAAAAACUAAAACCUGUCCCAAUCACAUUGUCCCUAGUUUUACUGAUAGUCCAUUCGGACAACCACAUUGUCCCUAGUUUUUCUCUAAUCAUUCCAUGCCUUUAAAAUCCAUCAUAAACUUUGGCCUGGAUUCAAAUCUUUUAAAGCUUUCACAGCUCAGCAGUUUGUCUUCAUCUUGAACUGAAUUUACUUUUUUUACGAAGGGUCCCGCAUGCAUAAUGCAUUAUACACUUUUGUGAGUACUAUGUGAACACUCUGUGAAUGCUAGCUUGCAUAAACUGUUAUAAAGUGUAUUACAUCAUCAGUGAUCAUUGAGGCAUUUUGGUUACAGUAUUGUCAUUCUUUGAGAGUGCAUACUGUGACCUGAGUCAUGCAUUUUCUGAUCCUAAGUCUUAAUCAGUUAGCAUGUCUUGUUGAUAGUUUAUUUAAGGUGUUAUGUAAUUCGCAUGAUGGCAGUUUAUGUACUUCUAAUGUAGGACCCUUCAUACAAAGUAUAACAAAUAUAUUCAUAGCUUUUUUAUGAUUUCUGCAACAUGGCAGUCAGUGAAUUUAGCAAUAAAAGUUGUAAAAGUGUUAGAGGCAUAAAAAGUAACCCCUGAAAUUGUUAAUCGAAAUUAUUCCUGAUUCAGUUUAGGUAUCUUUCAACUGUGAGUUUAAUAAUGAGCUGGUGUUAUUUUUAGCUGUGGAGCUAAAAAAGUGUUGAGGCAUUUCAAUUGCCCUGCUAUUUUCUUUUUAGGAAGUCUUUCACAAAGAUGUUAAUUCUACUUUAUAUUUGUUUGCUAUACUAAUUGAUGUAUAUAAACUGAUGGAUAUUUGUAAAUUGAUAUAAUUGUAAUAAAGGUAAUCUGUUUAGCUUUGUGACCUGGGAUGCAUGGGGAAGACUUCUAAAGCGAAACAUUAAUAAAGAUUUAUUUAUUUUGAAUAUA